AUAAUUUCCAAACACUAAAGUAUCUUCCACUUUGCUCCAUCAGACGAUGCCCCAAUAAAGUACAUUAAAGUUUGUAGUAAAAUGGCGGAAAAAAUGUGAAAAAAAUGUGAAAAAAAAUAGAAAGAAGAAGCCGCACUUUGAUAAGGACAAUAAUUUUUAGAUAAUAAAAACAGAAGCUCUGCCGUGCAGUAGGUCAGUGUGUCAUCUGCUUCAUCAUCACGUCCAGAGACAAAUGAGGGCGGGUCAUAACUUCCCAGAGGACUUUUUCUCCCCACACACACCAACACAGCCUAACUGUGCCCCCCAGUGGAUAGACGUCGCAGCUUUCCUUUGGGUGCUGUAGCUCAGAUCGCGGACCUUUUUCACUUUGUUUUUUGUGGGUCGAAACUUUUUCCAACGUUUCCUCUCAUGGAGACGCUUAGAGGAAGAAUGAGUAGCUUGAGUUUCAGUUUGAUCGGUAAGAGCUGCGUCUGGAUCAGUGCGGCUGCCAUCGCGUCUCCACAGUGAAGAAACAAGCAGAGGAAGCGCGUCUGGACGAGCAGCGCUCCACAGAGACGCCAAGUAAAGCGGGAAGGAGCAGGAGAGACAGAAGCGCGGCUCAUCAAGCAGAUCGGAAGAUUUUGGGAAUUAUUUAUUCACUUUUUAAAGGUCGACCUCUGCGCUGGCCUGGGCUGGUCAGACCUCCCGCCCGAUCCCUGUGACUGCAAGAUGGGCAACCUUUCCACCAAAGACAACCAUGGACCCACAGGGGCACCUUUGGAAAGUUUCCACACUCCACCUUCAUCUCCACAGUGCAGCAUUCUCCAACUUCCACCUACCACUACAUCCCAUGCAUUACCCCCAUCACCAGCUGUUGCCAUAAUUUCCAGUGGGAAGAAAUCGCAACAAUACUCUCCAAGGACCUCCAUACCCCCUCCUGACUGGAGGCCCCCUCCACCAGUCAGCCCAAACAGCUCUGCAAUCAGUCCUGUAGUGAGCCCAGUGCUCAAGAAGAGAGACAACACCGUGGCAGACAAGGGAAAAGCUUCUUCAGGAAGAAAUGGGGGUCUGCCGACCUCUACAUCCAGGACUUCAGGCUCCCAAGUGAAGAGUGUGGCUGUCAGUCCUAUAAAGAGCCAUUCGCCUAUGUGCAGUACGCCACCUGCCACCAGCUCUGUGGAGCAAAGCAAGAAGGAAAGAGACAGUAGUCUGAGUGAGUCUCUGCUGCCAUGUAACGAAGACAGAGACAUACAGAGCAAGGAACUAGCUAAACUGUUGGAGGAGUGCAGGACUACACUGGGUGUUACAGACAAACAAGAUGGGACCACAAGCACAACAGAGAUACUACAGCAACUGCUAGCUGAAGUGAAAAGUUUAAAGAGUACUUUGCAGACAGAGCGUGGGGAGUGGCUGCAGUUCCAGGCGGACUUUCAAGUGGCGGUGUCGGUGGCUGACCGCCUGAAAGCCGAGGCAGAAGAGGAGCUUACAGCCCUACGAACGGCCCACAAGGAAAUCGAGAUGGAGCUGGCUGCGACUCAGCAGAGACAGAAGGAGGCUGAAAAUCAGCUGGUCACGCUACAAGGAGAGCUAAAGGAAACCAGACAAAAAAUGGCUAUCCUUACUGAGGCACAAGACAAAACGAAAGUCAAUGCUCGGGAGGAGCUAAAGAGAUCCAAUGGAGAAUCCUUUAACUCUGAAAGGAAAGAGGAGCCCAAUCGGGGCAGAGUAAGAGGAUUGUACAGGCCUGGGGGAGAAAGGGUGGAAAGUAAGAGUCAGAAUAAAGUAAUAAAGAACGUUGUUGAGGAUGAUUCGAUAAUAGACUGUAAAGGUGUUACCAAGCGUUCCUUGAGAGAUGUCACCAAUGCGGAUCAGGAUGCAGCAGAUGUCCAAUCCAAUGAAUCACGAAGAGUGAUAGCUUCAGAGAGGUCAAGAAGCCUCUCUCGACUGCCUGCUUCUUCAGACACUGCUGCCAUACAGAUCGUAGCAUCCCAGAGUAACUCCGCUGCAACACUGGGGCCAACAAACAGGAACUUGGGGCAACUAAGAGGAAGAAAAAAUGCAGACUGGCAAGACAGCAAGCUGUCCAAUGAUUCAGGAAAACGUGAAGAGUCUUUAAACAAGUAUAACUCAGUCCUCGCUGAGCUGCCACCUACCAAGUCCCAGGAUGGUUUCAACCUACUGCUGCGUCGCCAUGGAGGCUCGAAAAGAAACUCGCUGCUCCGCUGGUGUCAGAGCCAAACCCAAGGAUACAAGAAUAUUGACAUCACCAACUUCAGCAGCAGCUGGGCGGACGGUCUUGCAUUCUGUGCUGUCUACCACACCUACCUCCCUUCACACAUCCCAUACAGCACCCUUAGUCCUGAGAACAAGCGAGAAAAUCUCAGCCUGGCAUUUAAAACAGGGGAGACUGUGGGGAUUUCGCCAUCAUUGACAGCAGAUGAAAUGCUGCGAGCUGGCGGACCUGACUGGCAGAGGGUCCUGGGUUACGUGGAGAGCAUCUACCGUCACUUUGAGAUGUGACCUCAGGAGAUAUUAGUGACAAAGUCGAUACAGAAGGACUAUUUUAAAAAAGUACAGUAUUUUUAAAAUAAUACGUCCACCAGUCCUGCCAAAAUAUUGGCAAUGCGCAACAGUUCAAGGUAUGGUAGGUAAUUCUUGGCAUUUUGGUCCAGAGAAGAUUAUCCCAGAAAAUGUCAAAACAACGGUGUAUAACCUGCAUAACCAAGAAAGGAAAGCGCAAAAAGGAAGCGGUGCAUUCACUGAUUAUUUUGAAAGUCUGUGUGCUUUAAGGUACACUGGAUUUUGUAAUGAAGUCAAGGAAGUUCACUACACAAAACUAGAGAAUAACUAUGACCAACAGGACAAGACAAAAGGACCAAAAUUAGUUAUACCAUAAAAAUUUAGAUCUUUUUUUAUCUUUUAGGAUCAAAAUGAUCAUUAGAAUUUGUCCUCAUAACAUUAAGAUAUAUUUUUCAGUUUAGUACCCAAAAAACAGAACAAGAGCACAAGGCAGUAAAUGAAGGAGACAGUAGCUGAGGAAUGAUGAAGUCAUCAGUUGGACGGUGCAUAACACAAUGGUCACCCAUGAAGAGAGCAAUGUUUGGAAAGUCUUCAGUUAGAACCUAAACUCAUAAUAAGAUUGGGUUAAAGGCCUUAAAUAUAUCAAAAAAGUGUUUUAUUUCUGAAAUAACUGCUUUGAAAAGCAGUGAAAAGGCAGAUAGUAAUCUGUUUCUGACACUAACAUAUGUUGACAUAUCCCCUUUAUUAUUCAAAAGUGUUAAAUAGGAACAUAUUUUCUAGCGUUCUUUUGUGGAGGAUGCCAAGUUAUUGUAAGUGUCUCCACACUGGUACUUUACGCAGGGCUCACACUGAAUAUGGUGCAGUUACGGUUCCGGUGCCACCAGGAACUCAAAUAAUAAAAAAAUCAAUGUUUCCAUUCACAUCAGCCACCUAUGGUUGCGAUUCCGGUUACCGAGGUUUGACCAGAUGCCGUAGCGGUCCAUGGAUCAAGCUCCCAAAUUUUAUGAGCCAAACAGGAAACUUACGCUGACUUUACUAGUGUAAACAAAAAGGCAACACAGAAACACGAGGAAACAGAGGUGCUACUGGAGGAUGAAAUAUGAUAUUUAUGUGCACGGAUAAUGAGUUUUAGAAAACAAAAAACAUGGCUGUUUUUCAAUCAUUUAUGAGGGAUAGUAACAGAAAGGAACAUGUAAACCUCUGUUCUCACCUUAGUCAGUUACCCCAGCUUACUGGUAGGAAGUUCUGUAUACCAAAUAAUUCUAUAAGCAUUUUACUUCAACAUAUUGUUUCGUCAAUAUGUUUAGCCUUUUGCUUUUAUAUAUGCAAAAAUACAUUAUUUACUGGAUCUGUUGCUGAUCUUCGGAUGUUUACUUUGAAGAUUUCGUUGCUGUACAUGACCAAUCUAGAUCGGAGUCUUGAGGCUCCUUUCUGUUCAAUGUGAGUCAUUCCUUUUCACUGUCACCACAUGCUUGCUAAGGAGAAAGGGUUGCUGUGAACUCGAUGCAGAUGACUAGGCUUCCUUAUACAGAUAACAUUUGACUAAUUUGUGCUGCAAAAGGGAUUUGACUGCAACACAUCAUAGUUUAUAUUAAAUCAACAUUUACCCACUGAAUUGGAACCUGACUUUAUGAUGGGAUUGAUUUGAUAACGUUUCUGUAUAUGGAUUGGAUCUGCUUGUCUUGUAAAGUGCCUUAAGAUUACAUUGUCUGUGAAUUGGUGCUAAUAAAGAAACUGAAUUGUACUGAAUGAAACUGAUUGAAACAAGGGUCUUGUCUAGUCUAAAGAUAACCAAUAACAGAUGCAACUUAAAUAAUGAAAUCCCUUCAUGAUAUCACAAGUAUGCUAGCACUUGUUAGGUGCUCUAAGAUUGGAAUUACAAUGAUAACAGUGUACCAAAGCGAAAUACUUGCCUAUACAAGCUUUUAAAUCCAACUUUACCGCUGUUUCAUGUUUUUCUGCUUUCUCACUUACACAUAACUGCUGUUGUUCUAACACGUUUAAGCAGGGUUUGUUGCCAAAGUUUUAUGUGCCAAAUUUUAGAAGCUCCCCCCUGUAAAAUAUGUCAAUAUGUAACUAGUGUGGAAAAUUUUUAUCCCAAAGCAAUAAAGUGAUAAAAUACU